AUGGCCAUUGAGAAGAAAAUCGAUCGCCUUGACUGUAUUACCCUGGAUGGAGGCUAUUCGCAAUUCCUACAUGGGAUCAUUGAACACAGUGACCAACUGGAAUCAACAAACUUCUGCUGUCCAGUCCGCAAGACAAGAGGGAUAGCAUUUACAGACCAGGAAAAAAAGUAUAACGAAAUGAGUAUUUUCUCUCUGCAAUUUAAGCUAUGCUGCCUACUUCUCAAUAUCAAACGCAUGGUUGCCUUACGUAAUAUAACUAUAGAGCCACAUCACAGCUUCUGGAUGCAAGAGAACUUCGACUAUCCAGAUGGCACUGAGGCAAACAUUUCUCAAAUUCCCACUGCUCCAAGCUAUGUUGUAGAAAUCAAAGAUGCUCGAAGCAUGUAUCAGCUUCAGGAUGCUUUUUUAAAUCUCGGUAUCACUACUACCUCAAAUGUUGACAACGAUCAUGAAAUGGGUGAUAGCAAUAUAGAAACUGCAUAUGAAAUCAAAAAGAUAAUAGAGCACCGAGGAGAAGGGGAUGGAGUAGAAUAUCUUGUUCAAUGGAAGGGCUACAAUAAAUGUGACAAUUCAUGGGAGCCACUCAGCAGCUUUAAUCAGACUCGCGCCAUUGAUGACUACUGGAACUCCAAACGCGAGUUUUGA